UUGAGUUCCUAUGCUGGUCGAAUAGCAAAACCAGCUAAUCGCUAUAUCAGAUGGAAUUUGCUAUUCACUUUCUUGAUUUUUCUCUUCAUUUCGUCAUCCAUAUGGGUCCCGGCCAUCCCUGGUCUGAAUGACUUCGCUUUGGAAAUUGUCACCAUCAUUUGUAUAGUUCUUCAUCUUCUUUGGAUGGUUGCUGUCUUCAAUGCACUGCGAUAUACAUACCGUCUCAGACGUUACGCUUCUCAUAAAAUUGAUCUCAGCAAGGUUGAUAAUCCCGAAAAAAUACAGGUAAAGCAUUUGGUAGGUAUAUGCAUAUACAAGGAACCUUUGCAACUGAUAAUGGAUACUGUAGAUAGUAUUGCCUCGCAACCUGAUGCUAAACAGAAAAUUACAUGCUUAGUUGGAAUGGAAGAAGGUACACCUGAUAAAGAAAAGAAGAAGAAGAUUCUUCACGAUAAGUACGAGUCGCAAUUUGACCGUUUCAUAGUCACUUUUCAUCCAAAAAAUUUGCCAGGAGAUAUACCAGGUAAAUGCUCAAACUUCAAUUACGCAAGCCGUCAAGCAGUAAAACAAUUGAGACUUGAUAAGAACUACCCACUCGAUAAAUUUGGGAACAAAGUCGAGCUUCUUGUGACAACAGGAGAUUGCGAUUCCAUAUUUGGUGAGAGAUAUUUUGAUGCCAUGGAGGAGGACUACUGGAAACUUACGGCUGAGCAACGCCGCUCUACUAUAUGGCAAUCACCUCUUUUCUACUGUAUCAAUCUUGACAAAUCUCCUUUCUUUGUAAGAGUCACUGGUUUGCUAAGAGCUUUCUUUAUGAUGGGAUUCUUGAUACCUUGGAAUAUCAACACAAUGAGCAUUUUC